CUCGCCCCCAAAACAUCAGAGGAACCUCUCUUCGCAACAGCGCCCAUCUUCAGCAAUGGGAUGACAUCGUCUGAUACAUCGGAUGGAAACUCUGGUGCUCAUCCAAGCCGCGUGCACCUUCUGCAAUCUCUUGGCCGCGCGAGGUUCGACGUCCCGACGACCCGACACUGGGUUUGAUCACCGACCGCUGUCAUGCUGUUCUGCUAUAUAGUCUGCGUUCAUCUCAAAUAUUUCUCACUUUCUUCCAAUCACUCAAACACUACGUUCUUUCCGUCAUCACUGUCGUUGCCAAAGUUCUGCGAACUUAUUCCAUUCGUGUCUAUAAUCAUUCAUUACACCGGCUAGUCCGUUUUUACCUCGCGACUUUAUUCAACUUCCAUCUUUCGAUACCCAAACCAACUUCAAAAUGCAAAUCAACGCUCUCUUCAUCGCGCUCUUCGCAGCCGCCACCGUUUCCGCAGCUCCCUUCGAGGCCCGUGCUGCUGCCAAUGCGUCCGCCGCCGAAUUCGGUACCUGCAACCCAGCCAUGAGCUUUGCAUUCGGACGUCCAGGAAGAAGUGCCACUGAGGGUACUUUCCUCCCAGUCGACCCAACGAUUGCCAAGGGACAAGAAGAUGCGCUGAACCCCAACAUCAUCACCAACGCUAUCUGCAACCAGUUGAUCAACGUUUGCGGCGUGGACAAGGCUUCUGCUGGUGAGACAGCCUGUCUUGCUGCCAAGGCCGAUGUUGCGGCUUUGACGACGAAGGAUCAGACCACUGCUGAUGCUUUCAACUCUGCUCUUGGUGUUUCGGCAUAAGGGAUGGAAUGGGCUGGGGAGACGAGGUUGGUGCAUAUGGGUGGGGGGAUCUGGGAUAUGAGAACACGACGACGAUAUGAUGUAUGAUGAGAUCAGGAAGGAAGGUUUAAUAGGGAGCAACAGGCCUUCGUGCCACAUUUUUGAGCUGCAAAUGAACCCAAUUACAGCUAUUCUCUUCGGUACCUAGUGUGAUAUGAAAUCUCUAAAAUGCAAAUG